GUUGACAUCGAGGAGCUAGGCCCCUGGGGGAAGUCCUGCAGCCUGCCAAUGUGGUCCACAGGCCAGGAGGUAAGGGACGGGGACAGCUCCGUGUCAUCAGGCCGCCUGUCUGGCUCCUCUGGGGGUCACGAGGCAUGUAUGCCUCUCCACGGGUCCUGGAAGGAGAGGCCACCUCAGAUGCUGGAGCCCCAGCGGCCGCCCAGAAAGAGCGACCCACGGCUGGAGCAGCUGAGGGACAAGAUCCGGGCACAGGUGCAGUGGCAGGGUAGCUGUGCCUCCCUGGGCUCUUCGGCACCCUCCAGCGCCUCGAGCCUCUGCAAAGCUUCCUUGCAGGUGCUCAGGAGGAAGACCCGCAAGAUGACAAACAUCCUUCCAGCAACCCAGCACUCAGGCUUCAGUGUCCUGAGUGCAUCUGAGCGCAGAGCUGAAGACAGGGCGUCCCCCAGCCAGGGCCACGAGCACUCCAGGGCCUCCCAGCACCAGGUGUCAGCAGAAUUUCUAAAGGCAAAGCCCAAAAGAAGUGUUAGCAGCUCUUGCAAAAGAGAGAAGGGCCCUGCGUCGCUGUCCCCCAGAAGAGCUGCCACAGACAAAGGAAGGUGUGUGGAAAGGCUGUGGGUCCAUGGCAUGGGGGCUGCCGGCUGUGCAGCGCGCACAUGUGUGACCCUGCAGCUGGCACUGCUUCCCGCCUUUGCCGAGGCCCCUGUGGAUGGGUCUGUCAUGAUGGUGGGGUACCCGGCUGUGCGUGCAUUUUCUCUGUUUAAGAUUCUGAGUCGGUUGGUGAGGAUGCUGCUUGGGCCCCCUCCCACCCUCCCCAGGCUCCAGAGCAAGGCAUUCUCAAGAGACCCGGCCCUCACUGUGGAAUUAGGGGACAGCAGGAAAGUUGUGGCGGCUGACCGCUCGCCUGUCCAUGUCCAGCCACCCUGUCCUGUCUCUGCCAGCAGCAACCUGCGAGUGUCUGAGAACACACCCAGCCUGGCUUCCUGGGACCAGCCAGUGACAAUCCACACCGCUAUGGCCAUCCUACGAGACCUCCGCCAACAAAUUCAGGCUGGGCUAGAGCGGGCCCGUGGCCCCAAGGGAACACGGGAGCAUAGACGGUGGAAGCCAAGCUUACAAGAUGUGGCUUGGAAGGCUUCACAGAGUCCCCAGAGUGCCCCAGAUGCACAGAGCUCCUUCAGCAAGAGUCUUUGGAACAUGACAGAAGCAAAGCCUUCCUCUCUAGAGAGGGCUAAGAGCCUGCGCUCCUGGCAGUCCUGGAGCUCCUCUGCCAAGUGGGUCUCUGGUGCACAGAGGGCCUGGGCAUCCCCAGGACAGAACCCCUCCUCUCGGAGACCUGAGAGCCCUCCUGAGAGGUUGGGGUCCUCUCAGCAACCCUGGAGAGCUUCGGCUGCACAGCCUUCCUGUCCACAGAAGGUCUGGACAGCACCAGGAUGCCAUCCCUCCUUCCAGAGGCCCGGGAGCCCCCAGCGGCCCUGGAGUGCCUCAGCAAGGCAGGCCUGUCCUCAGAGGACCUGGGCAUCUUUUGAAGACUGGGAGGCCCUGGGCCCCAGACCGUGGAGCCCUCUGGAAAAGCCGAACCCUCGUGCGCAGUAUUCCUGGAGCACCUCCUUCACACAGAGGGCUGGAGCUCCAUGCAGGGGCAGAGGCGCCAACUCCCCUCCCCCGGGAGCCAGGCCUGCCUGGACAAGGCCCUCCCAGAGCGUCCUGCAGAACCCACUCGGAAAGAAGGAUGGGCCGAGGCCUCGAGGGCUCCUGGGACACCAGCACAGCUCUGAGUCCUUGCGAGAGUUCAUGCGGCAGAAGACGCAAGCGCGGAGGCGGCAGGCCCAGGAGGAGAAGGCCUUGGCUGCACGGAUGCAGGAGCAGAGGAAACAGAGGCUGCAGGAGGUCUAUAAGAAGCAGAGGGAGGCUGUCUUGGGCAGAGCAGUCCGUGUGGUUUCCCAGACCACCCCUGGCAUCGUGACCUUUGUUCCCAGUUCUGCACAGUCUGGGGUACGUGCCAGGAUGGGUGAGAGUGGGGCCAUGGAGUCAGUGGUGCCGGAAUGGAGCAAGGUGACAUCUGGCAUGGUGCUGGGAGACCAGGAGACUCCAAGCAGCUUCUGCCUGUGUUUAAACAGAGCCGGGAACCACGCUGAGACCCUGGAGCCCCCCAAGACGAAAGGCCCCCAGGAUGGCUGGGAUGGGGCGCCUGUGCUGCUGCCAACUGCUUCCUCCCUGGGCUGCGAGGAGCUCCAGGACCCAACUGCUCACCACACGCCCCAGGGGCUGUGCAUUUACCUGGACCCCCAAGAAGUGGACCUCCUGGGUGCUUCCAGGCCCCUGCACAUGCAGCAUAAGCAGGCGCGGCUGCGGGCACUGGAGACCACAGCCAACACUCUUAAGCAGCGCAUUGACAGCCUCACUGCCAAACUGCACAGGUCCGAGGAGCCAGACGCCGCCCCAGACCCAGCCUUGGACCUGCUGCCCUCGCACCCCAGCACUGUGCCUGCCGCCCCCACCCUCACCAUCCCAGCCUACUCUGGAGCCUUGGUGCCCAAUGGGGGCAGAAGGGCAUCCCAAGACUGGGUGGACGUGCAGGUCCGGCCCCUUCCACCCCCCACCUAUUUCCUGGAUAGUGAAACACUGUCGUGGAGCCCCAGCUGGGAGCAGCAGCACAGCCAGAGCCCGCGGGCCCAGGCCAAGAAGCCCCAAGGUCUCAUGGAGGAGGAGCAUGUGAAGCUGGACAAGUGGCUACAGAGGACCGUGGCCUCCUUCCAGAGCCUCAGCACGUUUGCAGGGAGCUCACUUGGCGCGCCAGCCACAUCCAGCCCCACCCGGAGCUCCCUGCUGCUGGAGGAGCUGCCGCUGGCCAGAAGGGCAGGCUCUGUGAAGCCCUGGAGAGUGCGGAGCUGCGGUCAGAAUGAGCCUGGAGAGCCUCAUCCUGGAGACCCAUGUGCUGGACACCUUACUGAUCUCCAGCGGAAGUCCUUGACCUUUCUUGAGUCACUGAAGAUGUCCCAGCAGAAGCAGGGGAAGGCACUGGCCCUUCUGCGGCAGCGGACAGAGCUGGAGGCACUGGAGAUGCAGACGGUCCUGGACAGGCUGCUUUUCAGACGCCAGCUGGAGCAGCUGAUGGAGAAACACUUGACCCAUUCCAGACCAGAAUCGGCUUCAAAGUUGGAGCAGCUGCCAACUUGUGGGGACCUAGCACUGAGCACAACCUCUUGGAGGCCCGUGACAGCCAGACCCAGAUCACACACACCCCUGGGCACAGACACUGCUGUGCCUUCAGAGGGUCCCAAGGAAGGAUGGGAGAGUGUGGUUGGCGGGUCAGCCGCUGCAGAGCUGGGGAGGCCUGACCAAGCCCCCUCCCCGCUGCCCCAGGCCAAGCUCUGCCCUCCGGACAACACUACCCACCAGAUGCUGGAGCAGAGCUUGCGGGAGGAGGAGCUGCACUCGCGGCACCAGGCCGCGCUGCUGCGCCUGCGCGAGAUGGCGCUGGAGGAGAAGACCCGCACUGAGCUGGUCUGGCUGGAACAUCAGCGUGGGUGUUUGGGCAGCAAGGGAGACAAAGCCAUGCUGGCCACCCUGUCAGAGAAGCAGCAGCAAGCUCUCAGCAAGUUUGAGAAGGAGCAGAGGGAGAUCCGGCACCUGAGGAAUGUGCAGCUGUUCACACACCGAGAUCGGAAGCUGCUCUUGCAGCAUCAGAAGGCUGUCCUUGCUGUGCAGAGGACACUAGGCCAGCUGCGGCAGGAGCUGCAGGCCACGCCCAGGCUGCUCCAGUGUUCCAGCCCUGAAGUCAAGGCCACCCGUGAUGAGGGCACUGGAAAAAGCCAGCAACCUGAGGGGCUGGCACCCAACUCUCCGUGUUUCCUGACACCACCCAGGCCUGGCAGCCCCACCAGCCACCACCCCUGGAGAAGUCCUGCAAGCUUGGAGGCCACACAGCUGCCCACUGAGCUGCAGGACAAGACACACCCACAGACAACUUCAGACAUGGAUGGUAACCUGCAGCCUGCAAGGCCGGCGUGGGGACAAGACACACUCAACACCCUGGGCCAGCUGGUGGACAGUGGCAGCCAUAUCGGCCGAGAGCCUGGGGAGUGGCCUCAUGUCCCUCUUUGGUGCACGAGCUCCCUGGAUGUCAAGCAGCUGCCAGGCCCAGCCUUUCAGGCCUUGGUGGCAGAAGAAAGCCACUCUACAGACCAGCAGUGGCCUCAGGAGGUGAAGGAGCUGCCCCCAGGAGACCCUCAGACCAAGCCCAGCCCCUCCUUAGCAGAAGAGAAGCCCCAGGCUCUGAUGGGCAGCCACGCUGGACAGAACCAGCAUUCCCAGGAUGGAGGGGGGCCUUGUGGUCCCCAGGGAGCCAGUGUGGUUGAGGGCAGCACAAGCCGAGAGCAUUUGGGGUUGGGGCUGGAUUUUGCCAAGAACCCCAUGGAGGAGCCCCAGGAAACACAGAGCUGGUGGUCAGAGGAUCAGAGGAUGGAGGCCUGUCUGCAGGACCCCGGCGUCGCCUCUGCCUGUCUGGACGGCACUUCACAGGCUACCUUCCCAGCUGCUGUGGGCCUUGAGGAAGAAGCACCCCCCGCCCAGUGCCAGAGCAGCCCACUGCCCCGGCCCACUCCUCCUGUGGACCCGGGCCCCAUGUCUGCUUCCAAACCCUGCCCAGGGUCUCCGGCCUCCUUGGCAGGCUCUGUGAGUGGCCAGUCCUGCCCCUCUGUCCAGGAGUUUCAGAAAGCAACCGCCAUUCUGGUUCAGCUCUCAGACAGCUCUGCCUCCCUGUCCAGCCUGGAGGCUGAGGAUACCCCGGAUGAGGACCUCAGCAGGUCUGGGGAAUUCUCUGCUCAGAGCUCCGGGGAAGAGCCUGGCUCACCUUUUUCCUGGGGGCUGCACCGGGGUGAGCCUCAGCAGCGAGAUGUUCCUGGAGGUGGGGGGCAGAGGCGGGGCGCCUGUGAGGACCUGGCUGGUGGGGGCCACCUGGAGCCAAAGCAAAGCCUCCUACAGCCAGGCUGCCCACUGCCUCUCCUGCGUGUACCCUCCCAAGGGUCAGGGUCGGAGCUGUCGGAGGCCUCCAGCAAAGUCUGGGAUGAGGACAGUGAUGAGAACCUGCUGGAACCCGGCACGGGUGCUGAGUCAGUCCUUGAGAGCUCCUUGCAGGCAGACAGCUCAUCUGGCCCAGAAGACGCUGGGAAGCCCCAAGUGGCUCUCCCCUCACUGGGCUCUGGGGAGGGGCAGAAAGCACCUGGAACCCACGAGAGCCUGACUGGGGGAUCAAAUACAGCAAAAGCUAAGCAGACAUCCCCUGAGGCAGCCUGCACUGCAUUUCCAUUCAAAACCUUCCCCAGAGGUGACUUAGAUGUGUCCUUCCCUUCAAGGACCUCUGCACCAGCAAAGGCAGAUUUGUGCAAAGGAGGAGAGAUGCUGCCUCCCUGGGCAGCAGCUGGCCACCCGGAGGGGGCCUCGAGUGCAGACCCCAGCUUAUCCCCCCUGAGGAAACCCCCACAGGCCAUGCCUGGGCCUGAGGUCUCUGGAACCUUGCAGGCCCCUCCUGGGGAUCACAGUGGGCUGGCACCCCUAGUAGCUGAGGACCAGGCACCUGGGCCCUGUGGGAACGAUGCCUCGCCUGUCCUGGAGGAAGCUGGUUCCCUGCUUGCUGGGGGUGGUGUGGCUGAGAUCCUGUCUCACGUUGACAAGGUGCUGUCCUAUAGCAGUUUCAACCUCCCAUCCUCCGUCCAUUGGGAAGCCCACCUACCCCCACCUCCUCCCACCCCCCAAGCAAAGAGUGACCUGGGAGACCCUAGCCCAGGCUCUGGAGACUUCCCCUCCCCACCCGAGGAGGCCAUGUUUCCUGGGGGCUUACUGGGCACCCAAGAGGAGGACAUCUCCAUCACCACCGAGGAUUUGUCCUCGUUUGAAGAGGACCUGCCAGAGGCACCGUCCCCAGUACCCCAGGAAUUGGGGAAUCUAGGGGCAGCUGGACAAAGUGGGGGCCUUGAGGACGAGCUGGCUAAGUCACAUCCUCUGGGGGGAAGUGAGGCUACAGGCAGUCGGUGUGAACUGGUUGGUUUUCCAGGGUCCCCCUGGCAUGAGGGAUCAGGCAGUGUCCGCAAAGUUCUCCCAGGGCCAUUGGCACAGCCCUUGACUCCAUCCAGAGAGGCUUGUGUGGCUGGAGAGGGUCUGUCAAGGCUGUUGGUGGCUGGUGCCAUAGACAUGCUAUUCCUGGAACCUGAUUUGCACACAGAGUCUCAGGCUAACAUGGCCCUUGAGGAGGCAUCAGACCAUCACAGGGAGCCUUGGGAAGGGGUGCAGAGAUGUGAGGGUGCAGAGGGCCAGGUAAGUCCACAGCCUCUCUUAGUGGACCUGGACGUCCCCCUGGACACUGUUUCACCUUCAGCUGUGUCCUUGGGCAGCCAAGUCCACUUGGCUGAGACCCCUCUCAGCACCCAGGUUCCCAGAGAAAUUUUGAGUGAGAGCAGGGAAGCCCCUCCCCCAGGCAAAAGGCCUAUGGUGGCCAGUGGACAGGCUGGGUUCCUUGGGUGGGCAGGAAAGGUGGGAGAGGGACCUCUGAGCCACUGGACACAAGCCCAGCCCGGGGCCAAGGAGUCACCUGGCAUGGCAAGGGAGGGGGUGGUGGACCUGGUCUCCACCCGGCUCACCAGGAGGGUUCUACAGGAUUCCUUAGCAACUCUCUCGGCACUGGCCCCGAGGGACAGCCCCUAGCAGUGCUUUCUGAGAUAUCUGUAAGAUGUGUGCGCCCAUGUUAGUGCUGUGUAGACCA